AUGCUGUUCAUGUUAGCGGUUUUUGGCUGCGCGAUGGGGCAGUGGAAUGGGUCGGUCUUUGGCCGGGACAUCGAGCUAAUAGCGCAUUUUCCAUGGCUAAUCCUCUAUCGUAAUUUUACGCUACAGAUAACAGCCCGGGUGACGGCUCUCCUUGGGGAGAAGGAGGUCGUGGUGGAUGGGGUGAAGGCAGAGGCCGAGGAGGCGGUCCAGAAUUCGGGCCGGGACCCGGUGGUCGACACGGACAUCAUGGCCCUGGAGGAGGUGGUCCUGGCGGAUGGGAUCGCGGAGGCUGGGGCGGUGGCCCACCCGAAUUCGGUGAUGGUGGUGGUUUUCGAGGUCCCGGAGGGCAAGGUGGACCUGGUGGAUGGAAUCGUGGGGGUCCAGGAGGCGGUCCAGGAGGGCGUCAUGGUCACCAACCUGGAGACCCCGGCGCGGGCGGAGAUGGGCCCAAACCGGGGUCGAGGACCGAAUCAAGCGAAUAAUGGAAUGCUAGGCGGCUUGCUUGGCUCAUUGGGGAUGGGUGGAAAUGGGAAAGCGCCAAAUGGGCACAAUCAGCAUCACACGCCGGGAGGACCCGGUGGUGCUCAUGGUGGCGGAGACGAGGCGGACUACCGACAUGCGCGCAUUUCCCGAGUGUUGGCGCUGAAACAAAUCUCCUCGCAUCUUGCCAUCUUUGGUGACGCAGAUACACUGGUGAGG